AUGAUGUUUUUAAACACUUUUUUAUAUUAUUAGUAUUUUAUUAGUAUAUAUAUAUAUAUAGAUAGAUAGAUGGAUAGAUAGAUUAGUAUAUAUAGAUUACAAUCGACAACUUUUUGAUUACGAAUUGGGGGACACUUUGAUUGUCCUUUUUUCUUUUUAUCAUUUUUUUACUCAUGCAGAAAAAGAGUACUAUCUUUGAGGGUCGCUAUUGGGGUCAGAAAGACGCUGUUUGCCUAUUUUACAACAAUUACAAGACGCGUUUUGAGUAAAUUAAUUCUUAUGAAUGUCCUUAACAAAUUGAUAGAUAUUUUGUGUACAAUCUAUUAAAACAUUGUAUUAUGAAUUGUUGAACAUGGAACGUACUAUGUCUCAUGAUUCUGAAUUUGACGAUGCUCUUGGAGUACCCGAUUCUUUGGAUUUAACGAUUAAUGAAAAUGGAGAAACUAUCAAUAUUUUAAUCAACGAAGAGAAUAUCGAAGAGAAUAAUAUCGACGAGAGAGAAUGUACCGGUGUAAUACCAUUUUCUGCCAUACACAACAUUCCAAUAAAAUCGAAGAAACAAUGUAAAGAUAUUUUUAUACCUUGCGAGGAAAUUCAUGUAAGAAUUGUAGAUAACGAACGUAGUGUAACUACGCAUCCUUUAAAUCCAAAUUUAUAUACUAUAGAAUUUAAACACGGUCCAUUUUGUUGGACAAUUAAAAAGAGAUACAAGCAUAUUCAAAAUUUGCAUAACCAAUUGAAAAUUUAUAGAACGAGUUUAAAUAUACCUUUUCCAACUAAAGGACACAAAGAAAGAAGAAAUAGUUUAAAAUCCUUGACACAUUCGGGAGAGAAAAAGAAAAACAGAGGUGCUUUACCGAGGUUUCCAAACAAACCAGAUGUUUUAGUGCCUUAUGAACAAUUAAAUCAUAGAAUGAAAGCUUUGGAAAAUUAUUUGGGAAAUUUAGUUAAAAUAGAUAUCUAUAAACAACAUCCCGAAAUGAUCAACUUUAUGGAGUUAUCGCAUCUGUCGUUUAUAGCUGAUUUAGGAAUGAAAGGUAAAGAGGGAAUAGUCUUGAAACGUACCGGUUCUGGAGCUAGAACUAGGUGUAAUUUCUGUGGUUUACUGGAAGGCAUGUUUUGCGUUAGAUGCAAUUAUUUUUGCGCUUCCAUCUGUAGUAAAUGGCAUUAUCGACAUCUACUUGUUAAAGAUACAUUCAUAGCGUAUAUGGAUCCUAAAGACAAUAAAUUAAAAUCUGUUAUUUUAAUGGAUAAUGCUUUUGGUAUUAGUUUUGGAAUGUAUACAACAGGAUCACGAAAUGGAAUACAAAUAAUAAAUCAAAGUAGACACGUUGUCUUCAAAUGUUGGACACGUAGACAAGCUAAAGAAUGGAUUGAAUUUAUUCAACAUGUUAUUAAUACGGAAGGUAGAGAUUUUAUACAAACGAAUCCACAUAAUUCCUUUGCUCCAUAUCGUUCUCCUACACCAGCAACUUGGUUCGUGGAUGGAUGCAGUUAUAUGUCAGCUGUAGCCGAUGCAUUAGAAAAUGCCAAAGAAGAAAUUUUUAUUGCCGAUUGGUGGCUCUCGCCAGAAAUUUUCAUGAAACGUCCUGCAACCAAUGGAGAUUAUUGGAGGCUUGAUAUAAUUUUACAAAGGAAAGCAAUAGAAGGUGUUAAAGUAUUCAUAAUGAUAUAUAAAGAAGUGGAAGUUGCACUGGGAAUAAAUAGUUUUUAUAGUAAACAACGACUUGUAGAAAAAUGUCCUGAAAACAUCAAAGUCUUAAGGCAUCCAGACCACGCAAGAGUUGGAGUUUUCCUUUGGGCGCAUCACGAGAAAAUUGUAGUUGUCGAUCAAAGUAUUGCAUUUCUCGGCGGCAUUGAUUUAUGUUACGGAAGAUGGGACAAUAAUGAACAUAGACUAACCGAUUUAGGAUCGGUUCAACAUUCCAGUAUAUACAUUCCAUCGAAAGGAAAAACAGUAAAUACAAGUAGUAAAAGAGUAACACAAUGCAACAUUCGAAAUCACGUAUUACUUCCGUUGGCAAUAGCAACUAACACAAUAGCUAUGGCAACUACGAGAGCUCUACCAGUAUUACCAAUGAUAACUAACAAUAUGACAUUAAAAGAAGAAUAUUUACCACAAUGGAGUGCAGGUGAACUACUAAUGAUACCUCCUCCUCCUCCGUCACAAGAAUUGGAUACUAUGAAGUGCAAUACUCCAGAACCGCAAAGAAAAAAUUUAUUCGACAUGGCUAUAACUAAAGUUGAAAGAGUCAAGGAUAAUAUUAAAAUAAAACGGAAAGAACUUAUAAACAUGGUGUAUAAUCCGCAUGAAGAAACUGAAAUUGAAUAUGAUGAAGUUGAUAAUGAGAAUAUGCUAACACCUUUUAGAGAUGAAGGUGGAAUGAUGUAUGGAAGCGCAGAUAUUAUAUAUGACAUUUCUGAUACGAGCAAACUAUGGCUUGGAAAAGAUUAUACUAAUUUUAUUGUCAAAGACUUUAAUGACUUGGAAAAACCAUAUCAAGAUUUAGUUGAUAGAAGUACAACUCCUAGAAUGCCCUGGCAUGAUGUAGGAGUUUUAAUACAAGGAGGAGCAGCUAGGGACAUUGCGAGACAUUUUAUUCUACGUUGGAAUGCUAUUAAAAUAGAGAAAGCAAAGUUAAACGCUGCCUAUCCAUUUCUAUUGCCAAAAUCUUAUAAAGAUAAUAAAAAAAGUCAUGCUUCAUUCAUUCCACAAAAAUAUAUAAAAAAUGUUAAAUGUCAAGUAUUACGAUCAGUUAGUUCGUGGUCUGCUGGUUUCCUGGAUUCCGAUAUGCAAGAAACUAGUAUACAAGAAGCAUAUAUUCAAGCGAUAAGUAAGGCUGAAAGAUAUAUAUACAUAGAAAAUCAAUUUUUUAUAACGCUUGCAACAACAGAAAUAAGCAAUGUGAAGAAUCGUAUAGGAGAAACUCUAUUGAAAAGAAUUUUACAAGCGCACAGGGAAGGUGCUAUUUUUCGAGUAUUCGUUGUUAUGCCUUUGCUACCAGGAUUCGAAGGUGACGUUGGUGGUCCAAGUGGAACGGCUCUACGUGCUAUAACGCAUUGGAAUUAUGCUUCUAUAUCGAGAGGUAAGGAUGCUAUUCUAAAUCGACUAAUGGAAGCAGGUAUAUCAGAUCCUAGCGAAUACAUCACAUUCCAUGGACUAAGAACUCAUGCUAUGCUCAAUGGUACUUUGGUAACCGAACUCAUCUACGUUCACAGUAAGCUAAUGAUUGUAGACGAUAAAACAGUAAUUUGUGGUUCCGCUAAUAUAAAUGAUAGAAGUAUGAUAGCUACUAGAGAUAGUGAAAUUGCUGUGAUUAUUCAUGAUUUAGAAUUCGAUGAAGGAAGAAUGAACAAUAUAGCUUUUCCAUGUGGAAAAUUUGCUGGAUCCUUCAGAAAGCAAUUAUUCCGUGAACACUUAGGAUUGUUAAAAAGUAAUGAAGACAUCGAUCUAACUGAUAUCAUUAAAAAAUCUUUCUAUAAAGAUAUAUGGUGUACAAGAAGCGAAAACAAUACCAAAAUAUAUGAAGAAGUUUUUCAUUGUAUUCCUACUAACAAAGUUAGUAAUUUUGCUACUUUAAAACAAUAUCAAGACGAAGCCUCUUUCAGUUCUACAGAUCCAAUUUUAGCUCAAGGAAUGGUUGAAAAUAUAAAGGGUCAUUUGGUAGACAUGCCAUUAAAUUUCUUGUGCGAUGAAGAUUUAAAACCUGCAGCUGGUACAGUUGAAGGAAUAAUGCCAACAGCUUUGUGGACCUAAAACUUAAAUGAAGUAAUACUUUAAACGGCUAGUUAUAACCAUGUCUGGUUAUGCUUUGUGAGCCGUACUUGCCUACACUUAUUUUACACUAAAUAUUAUUUAACAACUUUUAACAAACAAAAUCUUUAGAAAAUUUUACUAACAAAAUAGUUCAUUUAUUUCUCAUUAAUAUAUUUAUUAUAACAAGAAAAAGAGAGAAUAUGAUUGCUAUAAAAUGAAG